UUAACCAAUUCACUCGUACUCAAUUAGCAGCUCUUCUCUUGAGCACACAUAAGAAUGGCGUUUCUUGCGUUCUGCGUUUCUGCGGUUCAAGCAAUUCUCCUUCUGUUCGCCGCAGACGCUGCCCCACAAGACGGCAUCACAGCCGAAUUGAUCUACCACGAUUCCAUCAGAACGCCAUCCCCCUACAGCAACCCCUACCAAAGCAUGCGAUCGUUUCGUCCCACCCGGUCGCCGUACUCCGACGCAGUGUCCAGCUACCUGGGUGGGUACCUGAUGAAAAUAAAGAUCGGGACGCCACCGGUGGAGAUCAUGGGAUUUGCAGAUACGGGAAGCGGUCUUAUCUGGACGCAGUGUCUGCCUUGCGCCAGAUGUUUCCCGCAAGAUUAUCACAAGUUCAACCCUCUCGCUUCCUCUACCUACCAAGACCUUCCUUGCGGAUCAAGGCAGUGCAAAACCAUUAACAGAGCCACCAACUGUCACGGUGAUAAGAACAGUGUCUGCCCUUACACAAUUGUUUACGGGGAUAAGACCUUCUCUAUUGGGACGGUUGGGUUUGAUACGUUCACCCUCGGCUUGACCUCGGGCACGCACUUUUCUCUGAUCGGAACCCUCUUUGGCUGCGGUCGGAACAACACGAGUAUCGAAUCUGGUGACAUGACAGGGAUCAUUGGACUCGAUUGGGGACCGUUUUCCCUCAUCUCUCAGAUGGGAGACAGAAUCCAAGGCCUCUUCUCCUACUGUUUAGGCGCCAAGACGAGCAAGAUCAACUUCGGAGCAAACGCUAUCGUUUCGGGACGUGGAACCAUGUCUACGCUGCUUUACAGAAAGAAGUUUAGUCCGAACUUCUACUACCUAAACCUAGAGGCAGUGAGCGUGGAUGAUGCAUGGGUUGAGACCUCGGGAACCUCGAUGGGUUCAAAGGACGGAAACAUUGUCAUAGACUCGGGAACGACAUAUCUGAUGCUAGCGGAGGACUAUUUCCAACGCGUCAAGGAAGCGGUGACGGCCGCGAUGAGAGCGAAAGGAGCCAAUCCCCAGGAUAAGAACUGUUACUCGCCGUGCAAUCUCGAGGAUUUUCCGGUGAUAACGAUGCACUUUGCUGGUGCGGAUCUCGUUUUGGGACGAUCAAACACGUACUAUAACGUGGAUGAUGGGGUGGUUUGCUUAAAGAUCGCCCCGACCCCGGGGCACCCUCCAAUAUUCGGCUACGAAGCUCAGUCCAACUUCUUGAUCGGUUAUGACACAGUCUCCAGGAUCAUCUCCUUCAAACCCACCAACUGCUCUUCUGUCUGGCAUUGA